AUGAAUCUUAUUGGCUGUAAAUGGGUGUUUCGCAUUAAACGUAAAGCUGAUGGAACCAUUGAAAGAUAUAAAGCUCGUUUAGUUGCUAAAGGAUACAAUCAAAAAGAAGGUGUUGAUUAUGGUAUAACUUAUAGUCCAGUUCUGAAGCCUUGCAUUAUACGUAUCAUUCUUACCUUGGAAAUUUCAAAUAAUUGGUCUCUUAACCAAUUUGAUGUUCAGGAUGCAUUUUUACAUGGAAAUCUUGAAGAGGAAGUUUAUAUGAAACAACCCCCAGGGAAUGCUUUCUUACUCUUCCAUGUCGAUGAUAUCAUUCUUACUGGCUCAAGUUCAUCAGGUUUGGCAUCUAUUCGCAAUUCAUUACAGAAUGAACUUACAAUCAAAGAUCUUGGUCCUUUAUCUUAUUUUCUUGGAAUUGAAGCAACGUGUACGUCUUCUGGAUUAUUUCUUACACAAAGAAAAUAUAUUCAUGAUCUUCUUGUUAGAGUCAAAAUGGAUGGUGUUAAACCUAUACAAACUCCACUAAGCACAUCUGGAGAUAUGCCAUCCGAUCAUAGUGUUUCACUUACUGAUGCAACCGAAUACAGAAGCAUUGUUGGAGCUUUACAGUACUUGACAUUCACUCGUCCGUAUUUGGCUUAUGCUGUUAACAAAGCAUGUCAGUUCAUGCAUAAUCCAACUGAAUUUCACUGGGGUUUAGUCAAACGUAUAUUACAUUAUUUAAAACACACAUCUAUAUUUGGUAUAUGUCUUAAACUAGCAACCAACAUACAGUUGUCUUUCACUGCUUAUACAGACUCUGAUUGGGCUGGUUCUUUGGAUGAUCGUAGAUCUACAAGUGGUUAUUGUAUAUUCUUAGGUGGUAAUAUCAUUUCUUGGAGUGCUCGAAAACAAAAGACUGUUUCUCGUAAACCAGUACUGAAGCUGAGUAUCGAGGUCUUGCAAUUGUCACUGCAGAAAUCAUGUGGAUUCAAGCUCUUCUGA